AUGAGGUCACUGAGAUAUCUAGAUGUUCAUUUCAAUGAGCUUCGUGGGCUGCCAUAUGCAAUUGGGAGACUGACGACUCAUGAGGUGCUCAACCUGUCCAGCAACUUCAGUGACUUGACAGAGCUUCCAGAAUCAAUUGGCGAUCAAACCAGUCUCAGGGAGCUUGAUCUAAGAAACAACCAGAUUCGAGCUCUCACAAGCUUGUGA